UGAGUGCACUGAAAAUUGAAACUCUCACUUCCAACUUGGAGAUGGAGAGCCCCAGUCGAACCACUGCUCAGGAGUUUAUCUUCUCUGCUUUCCCUUAUUCCUGGGUUAAGUCUAUUGUCUGCUUUGUUCCACUGCUCUUCAUCUAUGCUUUCAUUGUUGCUGGAAACCUGGUCAUCCUCACAAUGGUCCAGUUGAAUACUCAUCUCCACACUCCCAUGUAUGUUUUUAUCAGUGCUCUUUCUUUCCUGGAGAUUUGGUAUACCACAGCCACAAUUCCAAAGAUGUUAUCUAGCCUGCUUAGUGAGAGGAGGAGCAUUUCCUUCAAUGGUUGUCUCCUACAGAUGUAUUUCUUCCAUUCCACCGGCAUCAGUGAGGUGUGUCUCUUGACAGCUAUGGCCUUUGACCGCUACCUGGCCAUCUGCAGCCCGCUUCAUUAUCCCACUAUCAUGACACCCAAGCUAUGUACCCAACUGACUUUAAGUUGCUGUGUUUGUGGCUUUAUCACACCCCUUCCUGAGAUUGUCUGGAUCUCUACACUGCCAUUUUGUGGUUCGAAUCACCUUAAGCAUAUCUUCUGUGACUUCCUCCCAGUGCUGCGCCUGGCCUGCACAGACACACGAGCCAUUGUCAUGAUUCAGGUAGUGGAUGUCAUCCAUGCAGUGGAGAUUAUAACAGCUGUGAUGCUCAUCUUCAUGUCCUACAUUGGUAUUGUGGCUGUAAUUCUAUGUAUUCGUUCAUCUGGAGGCCGCCGCAAAGCAUUUUCCACAUGUGUCUCUCACCUCAUAGUCUUUUUGCUCUUUUUUGGUAGUGUGGCUCUCAUGUACCUGCGCUUCUCUGCCACCUACUCCUUGUUCUGGGAUACAGCCAUUGCUCUGGCCUUUGCAGUUUUGUCUCCCUUCUUCAACCCCAUUAUCUAUAGCCUGAGGAAUAAAGAAAUAAAAGAAGCUAUAAAAAAGCACAUAGGUCAAGCUAAGAUUUUUUUUUCCAUAAGACCAGGGACCUCAAGUAAGAUCUUUUAGUUGAGAUCUUGUAUAGUUGCUGGUUUCUCUUCACCUUCAGCUCUCAGCAAUCUGUCUUUUCCUAUCAGCCUUUUAUUGAAACUGGUCUCCCAAAGCUCAUCAAAAAAAAAAAAAAAAAAAAAAAAAAAAAAAAAAAAAAA